GACAUUGUUACAUAGAAGUAAUUAAUUUCACUAAGAGAUAUAAACACACAUUAAGAAAAUGGAGACUCUUGUUAAGUUUGUGUGCCUUAUUGCUUUUGUUGUACUUGUUAGUGUUGCAAGUGUGGAAAGUGCUGGUGAAUGUGGAAAAUCCACUACACCAGAUAAUGAAGCUUUUAAGCUAGCUCCUUGUGCAAGUGCAGCACAAGAUGAAAAUGCAAGUGUGUCACAAAGUUGUUGUGCUCAGGUUAAGAAACUUGGUCAGAAUCCAAGUUGUUUAUGUGCUGUUAUGCUAUCAAACACUGCCAAAAUGUCUGGUGCUGACCCUCAAAUUGCUGUGACUAUCCCUAAACGUUGCAACAUUGCUACUCGCCCUGUUGGUUACAAGUGUGGACCUUACACUCUGCCUUGAUAGAGUUGAGGUUAUUGCUGAAAACAAAGAUAAAUGGGAUAUGCAUCGUUGCUGUUAGCUACUAGUAUGGUGAUUAUCACAGCUUCUUUGAGUUGUCUUGUAACUUUGUUGUUGUUUAUAGUGGAUAAGAAGAGCUAGCAGCUCACUUGUGUACACCCUGAAUAAAACAUGCACUUUCAGUUCAGUGUUUUAUUUUAUGAAUCUUAUUAAACUUUAUGGUUGAUGCUUUUA